AUGCCUACACCCUGUGUUGUAGAAACGCCGGAGUCUGUAGCAGCUCCUGCUGUGCGUAUCAAGUCUACACAGCAUAAACAUAAACAGCAGUCUGAUAAUGCAGCAUUGAAUCUGCUUACCUUUGUAGCUAUCGAGCAAGUGAUUAUUUGCACCUCCUGGAAAGUCGCAGUCCCCUUCCAGAACCUAGAUACUCAUCUACGCGUCGCCCACAAGCUUCACUUUCGCCCAAGACGGACGAUAGUGGCACAGUUUGAUGGAUUGCCAGCUGCGCAAACCAUCACGGACCUCAAGCCCCGCCGGGAUGGGUCUGCGCUACUCUCUUAUCUUGCCGCGCCUACUUCCGGUUACUCCUGCCUACACUGUCCCGUGUUCAAGGGUAUAAGUUGGGACCAUAUGCGACAACACGCAAAGAAAAGGCAUCUCAUCAGCGCUCCAGAGUGCCUGCGACAGAAAUUCAGGCUUGCUUGUGCGCUGCAGAGCUGGACAAAGUACAGCCCGAAGUACUGGACGGUGACCGAACUUGAUCAGCCACCUUCAAUGCGCUCGGACAUCUAUCACGGCCCGCACGUAUCUCAAGAUCGCCUGAGCAGCGAAGAAGAAGCCUUGAUACUUAUGGAGACGGAAGAAGAACAACGCCUGCUAAGCGAGCAAAGUCAUUCGGUAGCCUUGGACGACGAGGUGGACCACGACGAGAACACUGAGUGGCUCAAAGGUUGCGAGUGGCCUACAUGA